GGGGAAGCAUGUAAGCGAGCAAGCAAGACGGUGCAAAAAACGAGUCGUCGUCGUCGUCGCAGCAUCACAAAGAAGAAGAAGAAGCAUCGCGAGCAUCGAGAUAACUAACGUCCAUCCGGGCUCCUCCUCCUCCUCGUUGUCCUCGUUCUCCAUCAGGAUUAAUCCAUCGCGAAAACGAGAGCUUCUCUCGUAGAUUUGUUACUCUUCCCGUUGCGGUGCGUUUUUGCGACGUCUCUGGUUUUAGGGUUAGCGAUUCGUGUUUGCGGUGUUGUGUGUUUCCCCCGUUGCGUUCAGUUGUAGGACGGUGUAUUGCUGUUCUGUGGGACCAUCGGUAUUGGUAGGGUUGGCGACAUGCCGACGGUGAGCGUGAAAUGGCAGAAGGAGGUCUUCUCCGCCGUGGAGAUUGACCUCGAUCAGCCAGGAUAUGUGUUCAAGUGUCAACUGUAUGAUCUUACCGGCGUGCAUCCGGAGAGGCAGAAGAUUAUGGUUAAAGGCGGUUUGCUGAAGGAUGAUGCGGACUUGCAUAAGCUGGGGUUGAAGGAAGGCCAGCGGCUGAUGCUCAUAGGCACCGCUGAUGCGAUCCCGCAAGCGCCUGCUGAGGUCCCCGUUUUUGCCGAAGAUCUGCCGGAGAAGGAGCAGGGUGCGGCUGUGCUUGGCCAUACGGCCGGGCUUGUCAAUUUGGGGAAUACUUGUUACAUGAACUCCACGGUGCAGUGCUUACACUCAGUGCCAGAGCUCAGAGACGCGUUGCGAGGCUACUCUGCCGCGGGCGCCAACAUUUUGGAUCCCCUGUCGCACACCCUAACCGUGGCUACACGCGAUUUGUUUAAUGAGCUGGAUAAUAGCGCCCGACCUGUGGCGCCAUAUCGGUUCCUCACUGUGCUACGAGACAAGUAUCCUCAAUUCGGCCAACAGACAAAUCAAGGCGUCUACAUGCAACAAGACGCGGAGGAAUGCUGGACACAGCUAAUAUACGUUUUGUCACAGGGGUUGAAAAGCUCGUCAAUUAACAAGCAGUUAUCAGCACCUCUAGUGCAGGAGUUGUUUGGUGUUGAGUUACAAAAUACAUUGAAGUGUGCAGAAAGUUCUGAGGCAAGUUCGGAGAAUGAAACGGUGUUCAGUUUGAAGUGCCACAUCUCACAAGAAGUCAAUCAUUUGCAUGAUGGUUUGAAGCAUGGUUUGAAAGGGGAGCUUGAGAAGACUUCACCACUGCUUGGACGGAGUGCUCUGUUUAUCAAAGAGUCUCAUAUUCAGAAGCUUCCUCAAUAUCUAACAAUACAGUUUGUGCGGUUUUUCUGGAAAAGAGAAUCUAAUCAGAAAGCCAAGAUCCUGCGGAAGGUGGGUUAUCCACUGGUUUUAGAUGUAUUAGAUUUCUGCACAGAGGAGCUUAAAGAGAAACUGGUUGAACCCCGUAGAAGGCAAUUUGCAGCUGAGGAAGUUAAAGCUGGUCUGAAGAAGGAUGAAAAGGGGAAAGUGGGUGCAGAAGGGGUGAAGUCGCUCGAGACAUCAACCUUGAGCGAACGAAAAGAACAUGAUAUGGAUACUGAUGGUUCAGCAACUUCUUCAACCACAAAAUCGGAUGGAAGUGGAGCUGCCACGGAAGUCUCUGGAAUAUAUGAUCUCGUUGCAGUGCUGACACAUAAAGGGCGUAGCGCUGAUUCAGGUCAUUAUGUUUCCUGGGUUAAGCAAGAUAAUGGAAAAUGGAUAGAGUUUGAUGACGAUCAACCAACUGUCCAGAGGGAGGAGAGUAUUACAAAUUUAUCAGGGGGAGGUGAUUGGCAUAUGGCGUACAUCUGUUUGUACAAAGCACGGGCAGUCCCGCCCGCGUAAGAUACUGUUGGCUAUCUUAGCGUUAUACAGAAUUGGUUGUUAUAUUGCAAAUUUUGCUCACUUGCAGAUUGAGAUUACUUGCAAUCAAGGCUUGUAGGCCAAUGGACAUUCUGUAGUACUUGAAGAUCACAUUGUGUUCCUCUGGGUCAAGUUUACUGAUCCAUUCUGUUAAUGCAGUGAACGAAAGAAAAGACAUCGUCUAUACUUCCCCAGAACUAGCUUUUGUCUUGUUCAUGUCUUACUCUAAUGUGCUGCCCUUCUUGUCCCAUUUGCUGAGGCGGAGGUUAGAGACAUUCUUGGGGAAUUUUUACUUAACCUUUGUACGUUUGGCUAGAGGCCUUUCAAAAGAUUGAUAAAGACAUUUAUUGUGUGCUCAA